UUCCUUUCCGUCGCUGACGCCGCCGAGGUCGCACGCGCCAGGCCGCUCCGCCACCGCCGAGAUGCGCUACGUCGCCUCCUACCUGUUGGCCGCCCUCGGGGGCAACGCGUCCCCCAGCGCCAAGGAUAUCAAGAAGAUCCUGGACAGCGUGGGCAUCGAGGCGGACGACGAUCGGCUCAACAAGGUCAUCAGUGAGCUGAACGGGAAAAAUAUCGAGGACGUCAUUGCCCAAGGCAUCGGCAAGCUGGCCAGCGUGCCAGCUGGAGGGGCUGUGGCCGUCUCUGCCGCCCAGGGAUCUGCGGCGCCUGCUGCUGGUGCUGCUCCCGCUGCAGCAGAGGAAAAGAAAGACGAGAAGAAAGAGGAGUCGGAGGAGUCAGAUGACGACAUGGGCUUCGGCUUGUUUGAUUAGCGCCGUCUGCGGGGAUCCGCGUUGUCUUCUCUUCCUUGUUACAUAAAACCUUUUUCCACACUUGUUGAGUGUGCUGUGAGCAC